AUGAGCUCCUCAUCUACAAUCUCCCCUCAGCCGCACGUUCCCCCCGCGGGGGUCUGGUGUCCUGCCGUCACCUUCUUCGACCGCGAGUCAGACGCCCUGAACCUCUCCGCGCAGUCACGGUACUUUGCCUACCUGUCACAGACAGGCCUGGCAGGGCUGGUCAUUUUGGGCACCAACUCAGAGGCCUUUUUGUUGACGCGGAAGGAACGCGCCCAGUUGAUCGCCACCGCGCGCGCGGCCGUGGGACCUCACUUCCCACUAAUGGCCGGCGUGGGCGCUCACUCGACCAAGCAGACUCUGGAACUGGCUCGGGAUGCCGCCGCCGCCGGUGCCAACUACGUCCUCGUACUCCCUCCCGCCUACUUUGGUAAAGCGACCAACAUGACGGUCGUCAAGCGAUUCUUCGCCCAAGUCGCAGCCCAGUCUCCGCUCCCCGUUGUGCUGUACAAUUUUCCCGGUGUGUGCAACGGGGUUGACAUGGACUCCGAGACCAUCACGGCCAUCGUGCGCGAGUCGGCCGCUUCCAACCCCAAUGGACGAUCGAACGUGGUCGGUGUGAAGCUCACAUGUGGCUCGGUGGGGAAGAUCACUCGACUGGCGACGACGUUCACGCCGGCGGAGUUUGCUACCUUUGGAGGUCAGUCGGACUUUCUCAUUGGAGGACUCGCGGCAGGUAGUGCGGGUUGCAUCGCAGCCUUUGCCAAUGUCUUUCCCAAGACGGCCUCGCGCAUCUACACGCUUUACCAACAAGGGGAUCGCGACAAGGCCUGGAAGCUUCAGGGGCAAGCGGCUCUGGCUGAGAGUGCGAUCAAGAGUGGGAUUGCCUCGACCAAAUAUGCCGUGGCCUACUGGACAGCUCCCCUGGCGGAGAUUGCGGGUGCAGAAGAACUGCUUCACCCGCGCCAUCCGUACGAGCCCGUGGGACCGGCAGCCAAGGAGACUGUUCACAAGACUAUGGCCGAGGUGGGUGCAAUCGAGAAGAGCUUGUAG